AUGACUCACUAAGAUGAGCAAGUCUAGUAUCCACAGCCAGCUGAAGCUCGCGUUCUUUAGGGAACACGAAAUCUUGACCCUUCAUUUUUCUCUUCGCCUUGGCCAAAUAAAGGAACCUUUGUUUACUUUUUAACAGUCAUAGCUUGGCAUCUUGUUCCUAGGUUGUUGAAAGCAUGAAUGGUGGACGUGUCAGAAUCCUCCAGUGCGCCAGUUUGCCAGCUGUGCCACCUGGUUUGGUACUUUGCCAGCUGGCAAGAAUUUAGAAGCAAUGCAGCUGGCAGCAUUUCUACCCCUCUCCAUCAUCGCCUUUCUAUUCCUUCGUAGCAAAAAUGCAAAUAAAUGAAAUGCCAUCUUUUGCAACACCUAUCGCGCACCUUAAGAGUCGUAUUACGCCGCCCAACAACGACUUCUUCCAUCUCACCUCACCUGGCCGGCUCAGCGUCACGCAUCGAGCAUACCGCGCAAGUCCCGCGAAGCUUCCGUCCACCAUCCACACUGCCGGCAGUUUCCAGCAAAUACCUCUCUUCGUUAUUGCCAACUAUUUUCACACGCGCGCGACGUUGGCUCCGUUGCCCAAGCGCAUCACAGAGCCUCUAGCAUUUGACGCCGAGGCAUUGAGUUCGACAAUUCAGCGCGUCAGCAUCUUUGGCUGA